UAUACUUAAAAGAGCAUCAUUAUAUUUAUUUGGUUAAAAAUGUUAUAAACGUAUUAGUUUAGUUUGUUAUUUGGAAUUGGCAGAGUUAAGCUUGUGAUUAAGGGACAUGUGUGGAUGAGGAAAGAGACAAAAGAGAGGAGGAAGAUGCAAGUGGGAAACUCAUUUUAGGUUCGGAAUCUCACGGGCUUUUACAAGUGGUCUCAUCACGUUCGGAUUUUGCUUCGGAUCAGAUAAAGACAAAAACCGAAGCCGUGAUGUCUUGCCUUUUGACCGAAAAGCCGUAAUGAUCCGAGUGAAUCGAUGCUGUUUAUCCGUUAGAUCUCUACCACGUGUCGGCUACUACGUUGCAUAUAAAGUUACACAUACGAUGUAUAAAUACUUGAUUAAAACUUGUACAGAAAUAGGAAUUUUUUAAAACGAAGUUUGGUGUAUUAAUAGAAACCAUAAUGCUUGAUGCGAUCAAAUUAGCGGUAAACUAGUUCCAAAUUCCACAAACAUUCUCUUCCUAAUACAGAUUUUCCCAUUUCAGGAAUCACAAAAAUUUUAGAUAAAUAACCAACACAAGAAAGCUUUUUGCAAUCGUAGGUGUUGUAUCCUGAUUAUGAAUGCCAUCACUUUUCUUGGAAAUUCAACGAUGAUACCUUCACAUUGCAUUCUCCGAGCGUUUUCGAGAAUCUCUCCAUCUAAAUACAUCCGAGACACCGCGUUUCGAUCCUAUCCUUCUCGGUUCUCAAGCUGCAACAACCAAUACAGGAAUGCAGAUUCAGAUAGAAUCAUCAAACUGAGAAAUGUUGUGCCAUUUUGUACCGACAGGCAAAGCUCUGUUACAGCUCAGGUUGUUUCUGAGGCAAGAAGUCUCUCUGCAUCGACGACCUGCGCAAAUGACACGACCUUGGAUCAAAUAUACACGAAGAACGGUUUAAAUGUGAAACCUUUAGUUGUCGAGAGGUUAAAAGGACACGAGAAAGAUGAAGAGGUGGUCAAUGGAGAUGACAAAAGCGUAAACAGAGAUGGUUUCGAGGGUGUUAAGAGUAAUGACUUAGAGGAAGAGGCAUGGAGAUUGCUGAGGGAUUCAGUAGUGACAUACUGCGAUUCGCCUGUAGGAACGGUGGCUGCUAAAGAUCCAACUGACACAAUGCCAUCAAACUACGAUCAGGUCUUUAUUAGGGAUUUUGUACCUUCAGCUCUGGCUUUUCUGCUGAAGGGAGAAAGCGAAAUUGUUCGAAACUUCCUUCUUCACACGCUGCAGUUGCAGAGUUGGGAGAAAACAGUUGAUUGUUAUAGUCCAGGACAAGGGUUAAUGCCUGCGAGUUUCAAAGUCAGAACUUUACCGCUUGAAGAGGACAAGUUCGAAGAGGUUCUGGAUCCAGAUUUUGGCGAAGCAGCUAUAGGUCGUGUUGCUCCCGUUGAUUCUGGUUUAUGGUGGAUAAUAUUGUUGAGGGCAUACGGGAAAAUCACAGGGGAUUACUCGCUUCAAGAGAGGAUAGAUGUUCAAACAGGGAUAAAGAUGAUUGCAAACCUGUGUUUAGCAGAUGGGUUUGAUAUGUUUCCCACACUGUUGGUCACUGAUGGCUCUUGUAUGAUAGAUCGACGUAUGGGUAUCCACGGCCACCCUCUUGAGAUCCAAGCUUUGUUCUAUUCCGCUCUGCGGUCUUCUCGUGAGAUGAUAACUGUAAAUGACAGCUCCAAAAACAUAAUAAAGACAAUCAGCAACAGACUCAGCGCAUUAUCAUUUCACAUCAGAGAAAAUUAUUGGGUUGACAAAAACAAAAUUAAUGAAAUUUACCGUUACAAGACAGAGGAGUACUCCAUGGACGCCACCAACAAGUUCAAUAUCUACCCGGAACAGGUUUCUCCAUGGCUAAUGGAUUGGGUUCCUGAAAGUCCUGACUCGGGAUUCCUGAUAGGAAACCUCCAGCCUGCUCACAUGGAUUUCAGGUUCUUCACCUUGGGAAACCUCUGGUCAAUCAUCUCCUCACUAGGAACACCAAAACAUAACCAAGCUAUAUUAAAUUUGAUUGAAGAGAAAUGGGACGAUCUUGUUGGUCAUAUGCCGCUUAAGAUAUGUUACCCGGCUUUGGAAUCUUCAGAGUGGCAUAUAAUCACCGGGAGUGACCCAAAGAACACGCCUUGGUCUUACCACAAUGGCGGGUCAUGGCCAACACUUCUCUGGCAAUUCACACUGGCAUGCAUCAAGAUGGAUAGACCAGAAUUAGCAGAGAAAGCAGUUACCAUGGCAGAGAAGAGGCUCCAAGCUGAUCGGUGGCCAGAGUACUACGAUACAAGAGACGGGAAGUUCAUUGGAAAACAGUCCAGGCUUUACCAGACAUGGACAAUUGCUGGUUUCUUAACUUCAAAGCAAUUGUUGCAGAAUCCUGAAAUAGCAUCUUCCUUGUUCUGGGAAGAAGAUCUUGAGCUUCUAGAGUCUUGCGUGUGCGUUCUGACGAAAUCAGGCCGGAAGAAAUGUUCACGAGCUGCAGCAAAGUCUCAGAUUCUUAUCUAAAUUGUCCAUAAAACAGACUUAGGAUAACAAUUUCCUGUUGAAACAAAUGUGUUAUACACAGGUUAACCAAAUUUAUACUACAAGUCGUCUGUAUGUAUAUAGUAGUUGUUUUCUAUAAAUUAUGUCACAUCUCUCACUAACUUCCCAAGCAGAUGAAACAUAACACAACUAAAUAUCAGUUUUCCUUUUAUUACUAA